GUAACGAAGGUUGUAUGUGUGUAUUAUAUGAUUAAGAAUGAAGGAAAAGCAUUAAAGUUGUACGCCAUAGCUAUCAUAAUCGCACAUGGAAAUCUCAAUCCUCAACGACAUCGAUCUCACGUAAUCCGUUCUAGGGUUUCAUGCUUCAUCCCACCACUUCUAGAUCUGCUUUUUGCAUCUCAAAUUUUCAUUUCGAUUUCUAUGUUUAUGUGCUUCAAACGGGGAUUUUGAGCAAAAACGAUUGAUCUGCAUGUUCGAGAACCAAUUGAAUUUUUGAGAUUUAUUUGAUCUGAACCGGACUUGUGUUUCGAAACGCUCCAAGUCUUGCUUCAAAUUAAAGUUUUCCCUUAUUUUGAGCAUUUUGGUAAUUAAAUCUUGAGAAAAGUUGGCUCCCCAACGCCGAUCACAGCGCCUCAUGGGCGGCCAGAUGCAACAGAGAAAUGCUGCGGCAACUGCUCUGUAUGAUCAACCUGCGGAUGGUGGGUCACAUCAAAAUGCAGGCCCUGCUAGUGAUGCCGGUGAUGCUGUGAUGGCACGAUGGCUCCAGUCUGCAGGGCUGCAGCAUCUGGCUUCACCCUUGGCUUCUAACGGUAUUGAUCAACGUCACCUACCCAAUCUUCUCAUGCAGGGUUAUGGAGCACAAUCUGCUGAAGAGAAGCAAAGGCUUUUCAAAUUUAUGAGAAACCUUAAUUUUAAUGGGGAAUCUGGUUCUGAACCCUUCUCUCCAACAGCCCAAGGUUCUGGAGGAAUUGGUGCAUCAGAUGGUUUCUAUUCUCCGGAUUUCAGGGGUGAUUUUGGAGCAGGGUUAUUGGAUUUACAUGCUAUGGAUGACACGGAGCUUCUUACUGAGAAUGUUAUGUCCGAACCAUUUGAGCAGUCACCUUUUAUUGCUGCUGCUGCUGCUAAAGCAGUUGAAAAUGAUCAUGAUGUCCUUCGCAGCCGGCAGCAAAGGGGACAAACAGAUGUAGAUGCUUCUUAUGGGCUGCCAACACUUGAAAAAGAAAGCAAUUCAAGGGAAAAUAAUGUGGCAAAGAUAAAAGUUGUGGUCCGCAAAAGACCAUUGAAUAAGAAGGAAAAUUCUCGCAAGGAGGAUGACAUUGUGAGUGUAUGUGAAAACGGUCUAACCGUCCAUGAACCCAAGCUAAAGGUUGACCUGACUGCUUAUGUGGAGAAGCAUGAAUUUUGUUUUGAUGCUGUUCUUGACCAGCAAGUAUCCAAUGAUGAGGUAUAUCGUGAAACUGUACAGCCGAUCAUUCCUAUCAUAUUUCAGCGGACAAAAGCAACUUGUUUUGCAUAUGGCCAGACAGGAAGUGGCAAGACUUAUACAAUGCAACCAUUACCUCUUAGAGCUGCCGAAGAUCUCGUUAGAUUAUUACAUCAGCCAACUUACCGUAAUCAAAAGUUCAAGUUAUGGCUUAGUUACUUCGAGAUCUAUGGUGGAAAGCUCUUUGAUCUGCUGAGUGAUAGAAAGAAACUUUGCAUGAGAGAAGAUGGACGACAACAGGUUUGCAUUGUCGGAUUGCAAGAAUUCGAAGUUUUGGAUGUACAGAUUGUUAAAGAAUACAUUGAGAGGGGUAAUGCUGCUAGAAGUACUGGCUCUACUGGGGCUAAUGAGGAGUCUUCAAGGUCACAUGCAAUAUUACAGCUAGUUGUGAAAAAGCACAAUGAGGUAAAAGAUACCAGACGGAACAAUAAUGAUGGCAACGAGUCCAAGGGUGGGAAGGUUGUGGGGAAAAUCUCUUUUAUAGAUCUUGCCGGCAGUGAAAGAGGCGCUGAUACAACUGAUAAUGACCGACAAACACGGAUUGAAGGUGCUGAAAUCAACAAGAGUCUUUUGGCUCUUAAGGAGUGCAUUCGUGCACUUGACAAUGACCAGCUUCAUAUCCCAUUUCGUGGGAGCAAGCUCACUGAAGUUCUUCGUGAUUCGUUCGUCGGAAAUUCAAGGACUGUUAUGAUAUCUUGCAUUUCGCCAAAUGCUGGUUCUUGUGAACACACUCUCAAUACCUUGAGAUAUGCUGAUAGAGUUAAAAGUCUUUCAAAAAGUGGAAGUUCGAAAAAAGAUCAGGUUGGAAGCUCACAACCAACUACUAAAGACUCUUCAUCAGCAAAUAUGCAAGUUCCUGGUGACACAGAUGACAUUUACGAACGAUAUCAAGAGGCAAAAGUUAUUGAUACGGGUAAAAGGGGCGCACAAAGAGAGAAUAUCUCUUACAAUGCCACUGCAGAUUUCGAGAAACAACGUCCUCCUAGUUCAAAUUAUUCCUUCACCAGUCGGGAUGACAGUGUGCAGGAUAAGGAGAAAGUUGAUGCAAAAAAUACCUUUAGUGGCUCAAGUAACCAGAAAGUAAACUCGACCCCAAGUUCAGUUGAUACAGAAGAAAUGGUGCAGAAGGUAUCACCACCUCGAAGAAAAAAUUACCGAGAAGAAAAAUCAGAAAAGGUCAGUAACUGGCAGAAGAAGGAUAGUGGUGAUGAAAAAUCUGAUAAAGGUGGUUGGCCAAAAAGAGAUGGUUCUAAUAUUGAUCUUCCAACGAUUGGUAAUAAGCACCAAGGGUCAAGUAUUCCUAGUUCCGGUUAUAUGGCAUCAAAACAGUCAGAACCUGAGCAGCCUCAUGAUGAGAAUAUCAAUGAAAUACUUGAGGAAGAAGAAGCUCUAAUUGCUGCUCACAGGAAAGAGAUUGAAGAUACAAUGGAGAUAGUGCGUGAAGAAAUGAAAUUGCUGGCAGAAGUAGACAAACCCGGGAGCCUGAUUGACAAUUACGUGACCCAACUGAGUUUCGUGCUUUCACGCAAAGCAGCAAGUCUUGUAAGCCUCCAAGCUCGACUCGCCAGAUUCCAGCAUCGACUCAAAGAGCAGGAGAUUCUGAGUCGCAAGAGAGUACCUCGUUGACACAACACACUUUGCCAGUCUGCCUUAAAUGGUGUGGAGAUGGAGACUUGAUUAGGGUUGGGUGUUAGUUUGAGUGAGAGAGAGAGAGAGAAAGAAAGAGAAAGAUAUGUGUUUUGAAUGAUUUGAAUUGGUGUUGUGGGGGAAUUGAAUGAAUUAAUGGGGAUUGUAAUGUAAAGUACUGGAAAACAAAAAUCAAGAAACAAAACAAUAUCUGCUUCUGCUUC